CCAAAUUGUAUUCACACAUAAUUCCCAAUCUCAAUGAUGAAUCCAAGAACUAUUUCUCUCAUCAAUCUCUAUAUUUUAGCCAUUUCCACACCAUUAGCCUUCACCAAUUGCAUAUCAAGCUAUGAUCAAAGCAUAGACUCAAUCAAGAAUGCAGCUACAACACAAAGUGCUCAACUCCAACCUACUUCACCAUAUCAAACUCCUCAAAACUACCCUCCAUUGUGCUCGUAUCCACCGCCGUCGUCGUCGUCGACGCCCUCUUCAACGACCCUCCCGCCACCCACGCGCCCUCCAACUCCGCCAUCCCUAACACCUCCGUCGCCCUCCGCGAAACCCGGCCACGGGUCGUGGUGCGUGGCGAAGCCCUCGGUGCCCGUCCCGACGAUCCAGCAGGCGUUGGACUACGCCUGCGGGUCGGGGGCGGACUGCGGGCCGACGCAGCCGGGAGGCGCGUGCUCCCAACCGGACACGGUGGUUGCGCAUGCUUCCUUUGCUUUCAAUAGUUAUUGGCAAAAGACUAAAUCUAGUGGUGGAACUUGUGACUUUGGAGGCUCGGCUAUGGUUGUCAAUGUUGAUCCAAGUUAUGAUCAGUGCCAUUUCCUCUCCACUUGAAGAAUAUUACAAGGCACAAUAAAAUUAAACAAAUUUGCUGGUAAUUGUUGUAUGCAAUUAAAGAAAUGCACAUUUGUUUAAGCUCUACAAUAAUUUGUAGUUUAGGUAAGGAUUUAUGUUAUUUCUAGUUUUAUAAUAUAUCUUUCCCAAAAAGCUCUAUGCUGCUAUAUAAUUUUAUUUAUUUGAAUCGAAUAAUAUGUUGAUUAGUGUUU